UGCGCGUGGGGAUUGCGCGCUAUCUGGGCAAGCGGGUGCGGCGCACGCGUGUGCAAGGCAAGGGGAACACGCAGAGUGUUUAAGCGUUAGGUGUGCAUGCUGAGCAUUGCUUAUGUGCGUGCUGAAGGUGUUUGCGGCGUCUGUGCGGGGCAUUGCACGAGUAUGCGUGCAAACCGGGCAUUGCACGUAGGGUUUUAAAGCGUGCGUGCAUGCUGGAUGUUGCUCGUGGGCGUAUGGAACGCUAUUGCGUGGUUUGUGGUGGGCAUUACACACCUGUGUGUAUGCGCUGGGCGUUGCACACACCCACACCACGUGUCAGACUGGGAUGCUGACUGCAGGCGUGCAACGUGCAGCUGACGUGGGCUCUGCUCGUGUCCCGGGCGCGGUGUGCGUGCCCUGGGUGCCCCCACGAGCAGAGCUCGGUGUCACUAGGUGGCAGCAUGGCCCCGUGGCACGGCCCGGGGGUGGCAGCGCUGUCCCCGUCCCCCGCCCUGGAGCAGCCGCCCCCUAUGCCGCGGCCCUGUAGCUGCCCCACUCGGGGCUGCACGGCCGUGCUUCGCUGCGGGUACGGAGCUGAGGGCGCUCCGCCCACCCCUUCCCGUUCGUGGCUGACCCCGCGCGGGGUCUCGGCCUCGGGGAGGCCCCCCCCCAGGGCAGCGCCCGCCUCCCAUUGUCCCCAAUCAUCCCAGGAAUGUGGGGAGAAGCUGGGAACGGAGCCAGGGCUCGGGCUUCGCUCCUGCUCACAUCCAAAGAGCUGACCGGGGAGCCCCGGGGUGGGCAUCCCCCCUGCUGUCCGCACACAGCCGUGGUACCCCGCUCCCAGCUCCGGCCGUGGCCCCCGUAGCUCGCUCGCUGCGUUCGCCGCAGGGCUGCGGGUUACAGAUUAAUUCCCCUCGCCUUUAAGGUGGGGCUGAAGAGGGGCCGCAGAUCCUGCAAAACACUUUGGGGAAGGAGGGCGGAUGCGGAAUGAGGUGUUUUGUCCGUUCGCGGCCACCGUAGCGGAACCCGGAAGCGUCUCCAUGGAGACGGGAGGAGCCCGGGCCUAGAAGGGGGAGAGAUGGAGAAAUACGAGCGGAUCCGGGUGGUGGGGAGAGGGGCCUUCGGCAUCGUGCACCUGUGUCUGCGCAAGGCCGACCAGAAGCUGGUCAUCCUGAAGCAGAUCCCCGUGGAGCAGAUGAGCAAGGAUGAGCGGCUGGCGGCGCAGAACGAGUGCCAGGUCCUCAAGCUGCUCAGCCACCCCAACGUCAUCGAGUACUAUGAGAACUUCCUGGAGGACAAGGCUCUCAUGAUUGCCAUGGAGUAUGCUCCAGGGGGCACGCUGGCAGAGUUUAUUCAUAAACGCUGUAACUCCUUGUUGGAUGAGGACACCAUCCUACACUUCUUCGUGCAGAUCCUCCUGGCUCUUCACCACGUGCAUACCAAGCAGAUCCUGCACCGUGACCUGAAGACUCAGAACAUCCUCUUGGACAAGCAUCGCAUGAUUGUCAAGAUUGGAGACUUUGGCAUUUCCAAAAUCUUGAGCAGCAAGAGUAAAGCCUACACGGUUGUGGGAACUCCAUGCUACAUCUCCCCAGAGCUCUGUGAAGGGAAGCCUUACAACCAGAAGAGUGAUAUCUGGGCUUUGGGCUGUGUGCUCUAUGAACUUACCAGCCUCAAGAGGGCUUUUGAAGCUGCGAAUCUUCCUGCCUUAGUAUUGAAGAUCAUGAGCGGGACGUUUGCCCCAAUAUCAGAUAGAUACAGCCCCGACCUGCGCCAGCUCAUCCUUAGCAUGCUGAACCUGGAUCCUUCUAAGCGGCCUCAGCUGAAUGAGAUUAUGGCCCAGUCCAUCUGCAUUCGCCCCCUUCUGAACCUCUACACUGAUGUAGGAAGUGUUAAAAUGAGAAGGCCUGAAAAGCCCUUGGCUCCAGUGCAAACAGUGACACACAGCCGGACAGGGGGACGAGUGAGCAGUGCCAGACCCAGGGGUGUUCGAGGUGGCUCGGCCAGGACAGGCAUCCCUCCUCCCCUGUCGUCCAUCUACACGUGGGGCAGUGGGAUCACCACCCCGCUCCGUCUGCCCAUGCUGAACACCGAAGUGGUGCAGGUGUCUGCUGGUAGAACACAGAAGGCUGGGGUCACCAAAUCAGGGAGGCUCAUCAUGUGGGAGGCUCCCCCGAUGGGCACUGCAGGAGGCCCUUCUCUGCCAGGAGCCACUGAGCAGCUGCAGCCUCAGUUUGUGUCCCGCUUUCUGGAGGGCCAGUCUGGUGUGACCAUCAAACAUGUGUCCUGUGGGGAUCUCUUCACUGCCUGCCUCACAGACAGGGGGAUAAUCAUGACUUUUGGCAGUGGCAGUAACGGCUGUUUAGGGCACGGAAACUUCACGGAUAUAAGCCAGCCCAAGAUUGUGGAGGCCCUGCUGGGCUACGAGAUGGUGCAGGUGGCCUGUGGUGCAUCUCAUGUCUUGGCAGUUUCCAAUGAACGGGAGGUGUUUGCCUGGGGCAGAGGGGAUAAUGGUCGGCUUGGGCUGGGUACCCUGGAGUGCCAUAACUCCCCCCAGCAGGUAGCAGUCCCACCAGAGCAUGAGGCACAGAGGGUCAUCUGUGGCAUCGAUUCCUCCAUGGUCCUCACAGUGAAGAACCAGAUUCUUGCUUGUGGGAGCAACAGGUGUAACAAGCUGGGCCUAGAUCGGAUCAACUCAGCAGAGGAACCUUCCCCAGAGGACCAGGUAGAAGAGGCCACCAUGUUCAUGUGUGCCCAGUCAGCCCCCUUGAACCAAGAGCCAGUUGUGUGUGCUGACAUCGGUACAGCACACUCAGCUGCAGUCACAGCUUCUGGCCAGUGUUACACCUUUGGGAGCAACCAACACGGGCAGCUGGGCACCAACUCCUGUCGCAACAGUCGUGUGCCCCACCUGGUUGUGGGGCUCCGGGCCAUGAAGGUCACUGUGGUAGCUUGUGGGGAUGCCUUCACUGUGGCUAUUGGAGCAGAUGGUGAGGUAUGCACCUGGGGGAAAGGAGCCAGGGGACGCUUGGGCAGGAAGGAUGAGGAAACAGGAACACCGAGGCCUGUGCAGCUGGAGGAGACACAUCCAUACGUGGUGACCUCUGUAGCCUGCUGCCAUGGGAACACACUGCUGGCUGUAAAGCCUGCCGUGGAAGAGUCACCAUCCCAGUGAGAGGGACGGCAUCCAGCCUUGCCAUACAGCUGCAGGCUUCUCCUGCCAUGCCUGUCCUAUUGCUGGACCUGCUCCCCAGAUCCUGCUGCACAACUGGGAGCUCCUGACGAUGGUUCCCCAGAACCAGAGCUGCUCUUGUGGGUCAGCGAGGUUUGCUGUGGCCCUGAAGUGCCUGUGUUUGGUGGGUCUUGCUGUUGGAAGUGUGUUUGGGUGCAGAAGGGCUCUCCUCUGCCGCUGGUGAUGAGCACAGAGGUGUUUUUUUCCUGUGGAAACUCUGGUUACAAAGCCCAGGCUGACAGCUCGGUGUCUGAGAGAGCUGUCAGCCUUUGCACAGCAGCGUCUGGAGUUACAGCCCCAGGCGCUGUGCUGGGUGACUAAGAGCAAACCUCUUUUCUAAUUAGACAAGCCAGUCCUUUCCCAUCCCCCCCCUUCAAGCAUUUUGCCCAUUUGUUGAGCUGUUCAUCACUCUUCCAAGGGUCCUGCCCUGCACGGCUGGCCUAACACGAGGCGAGCAGCAUCUCGCUUGUGCAGCACGGCCGCUCCCCAAGUGCUGCCUGGGGCUCUCCAAUUACAGCCUCCUGCAGCCCCAGGAGCCCAGCUGAGCAUCCUCCAGCUGAUGUUUGUCCUCAGGCCCCUUAAAUCCUGCUGCUGCCUGGCUCCGGGCCGAGCGAGUGCAAGGCAGCAAAACACAGCGAGCGAUUGUCUCUAAUUGAAGUUUUUGAACCCAGAUCUCUACAGGGAGAUGAUGAGUUUCCACCAGAGAUCCUUUCUGCAGGCAGGAGGGGGCAUAUCACUGUACCACAGACAGGAGUUACCUUUUUUUAAUCACCAGAAGGGUCGUUUCCUU